UUUCCGGAAGAGCAACUGGUGAGAGUUUGAUGGACGAGGAAGCGAUAUUUGUUUAGGCUUAGCCUGAAGAACACGAGUACCUUUUUUCAUUAAAAAGUUUGUCUCUUUUUAAAUUGCUAACAUGCCUUUAUUUUCUCAAAAUCCCUUUGACCAAGAUGUUGAGAAGGCAACCAAUGAAAACAACACAACAGAUGACUGGGGACUCAUCAUGGACAUCUGUGAUAAGAUUGGAACAACAUCCAAUGGACCAAAGGACAGCUUAAGAUCCAUUGUGAAGAGAAUCAACCACAAAGUGCCUCAUGUGGCGAUGCAGGCCCUCAAUUUGCUGGGUGCUUGUGUAUCAAACUGUGGCAAAAUAUUCCACCUGGAAAUCUGCUCAAGAGAGUUUUCCAGUGAAGUGCGGAGCAUUCUUAGUAAGGCCCACCCUAAGGUGUGUGAAAAGCUAAAGGCUCUGAUGGUGGAGUGGGCAGAAGACUUUCAGAAGGACCCACAAUUGAGCCUGAUCGGGGCCACCAUCAAGUCACUGAAAGAGGACGGUGUCAGCUUCCCAUCGCCAUCCUCACAGGGUUCCAGCACAAAGGCCAGCUCAUCUACUGCGAGCAAACCAUCAGAUGAUGAUGACCUUGCCAAAGCUAUUGAGCUAUCCUUACAGGAGCAGAAGCCGCAGGUGGAGACACGCCCCCUGACCAUGACCUCUGACCCUCCAAACUAUACCAACGGUGGCGGGGGGCAGGACGCCCGGAAGGUGCGUGCGCUGUACGACUUUGAAGCAGCUGAAGACAACGAGCUGACCUUCAAAGCCGGAGAACUUAUUCUAGUGUUGGAUGACAGUGAUCCAAACUGGUGGAAAGGAGAGAACCACAGAGGAGUUGGGCUUUUCCCCUCCAACUUUGUCACAACCAAUCUGAAUGCAGAGCCAGAGACAGUUACUUAUGUUGAGAAUAUAGCGACUCCAGAAGAGACAAGCCUGGAAACCAAAAUAGAGCCUGAACCCGUCUUCAUUGACGAGGCGAAGAUGGACAGAACGCUGGCGCUGCUGCAGAAUACAGAUCCUGCAGAUUCCACUCCGGACUCCCUAGAGCUGAUCCAGCUGGAGGGUGCAUGUGCACAGAUGAACCCACUGAUUGAUGAGAAGCUCCAGGAGAUUGACAGGAAUCACUCGGAGUUGUCAGAAUUGAACGUCAAAGUUUUGGAGGCACUGGAGCUUUACAACAAGCUUAUGAACGAGGCUCCGUACUACUCAGCCUACCCCAAGAUGCAGUCACAAUAUGCACCAGCUGGCUCUGCUGUGGGCAUGCAGGGCUACCUUGGACCAGCAGCACCCCCUUAUCUGCCUCCAUCCAUGCCUCAGAUCCUCUCUGCACAGUCCUACAAUCUGCCCAGCGACCAGGCUGGACCUCUACACUCCCUACCCCCAAAUGUCUCAGCCCCACCCAACAACCAAACUGCUCAGCCACCCUACAUGAGCAGUGGUGUGAACGCUCAGUACAUGAACCAAGCUACAGGAGCUCCUUACCCACCCCAGGCGGGAAUGACCAUGGAUAUGUCAACCUAUCACAACUCCAGCAUGCCUCCUGUUUCCUACCCUGUAGCGGCUCCCCCUCACCAGGCUCCUCAGCAGCAGCAGCAGCAGGCAGCAUAUUAUCAGCAGCCUCUUCUGUAAAACUGAUAGAUCGCAGACCUGAGACGAAUACACACUUCAGAUAUUUCAGUUGCUAGUUGUGUGCCCAUCUGGCUUACCUAGCAUGUGGGUGUUUGUGUCAGGUUAUUCCUUUAGGUUAAUUCCUUUGGCUUUAAUUUUUGUGCCUGUCAAGCUGAACUGGACACACCCCAGGAAAGCUGAAAUAACUGACGUGGUUACGUAACUCAGGUCUGCUGUGCAUCCAAGUCAGGACUCAGCUGCUGUAUGUGAGGCUUAACGUGGCACCACAUGUUUUUUUUCAUGGGUGACUAAAAUCAACGCUGGUUUUCACAAACAUCAUUAGUCAACACAAAAGCAGAGUUGGUUUUGCCCAGCAGUAAAGGACCAUGCAACACCGUGCUAUUUCUGAAUUGACCUUAAGAGAAUUCACACAUCAUCUUCUUACUGGUUAAAGAGGAUUACACCACACCUAGAUAAGUUUAAAAAAAAUGAUACUUUCUUCUUUUUUGUGAUUUAUUCACACAUCCUUGUCUACAGAAAAAAGCAUUUUGGCAGGCCUUACAGCCUGAUACGUGGUUGGUGUGAUAACGUGCUCAAGUUGGAAUCAAAUGGGCUAAAAUACUUCUAAAGCUCUGCGAGUUUAAUGCAAGCAGAUCACCAGCCUCGUGUAAAAGUGUGGCUAUCAAAAUUACUUUUCUGAGACAGAUCACAGCAAAAUCCAACAACAGACGAGACAGCCUGCAAGCCCGUAGAGUAAAUGUGAAUAAAAACAACAGGCAUAUAUUAAAUGUAGGCAAGGAAACUGGAGCUGUUCCAAUGUUUUGCUCUACCUAGAUUUUAAUUAAUAUCUUGUUUUUAUGCCUGCAUGUGACUUCUAAUGAAGGUAUGAACCAUUUAUCCUGAUCGUCUUUGUCCUCUUGUGCUGUUUGCACUAAGUGAUUGCAACACUCAGCUGAAUUAGUUGAUCCAUCUGCAAAGCCAGAAUUUAUGAGACCGGCUGCAGGUGCUCUCUUCAGGACAAAAUGUGCAGUUACUUAAAAGGUAGGAUCUCUCAUAUCUCGCUCCUCCUCACCAGCAUCCAUCACUGUAGCUGAUCAGUGUCUUGAACAGAAUUUCUGAAGUACAAACUCUAUUUUUCAAAUGUCAAAUACCUUGUUAACAUUGUAGAUAGUUCAGAAAACUUUCCCAUAGAUUCAUUGCCUUGUGCGUUCUGUGGUUGCAUUUGAUCUAUUUAAUUGUGUGGAUGUGUGUGCACGUUUUUCUUCAUGUUUGUCUGUGUUUGAGUACUUACCAAAAAGAGGUUCAUCAAUGUAAAGUGACACUGUUUGGAUUGUCAAAGUUUGGGUGAAUGGAUAAUAGAUGUCUUUAUGUGUUUGGUAAUCUGAAAUGCUGCAUCUCUUCAUGGUUAUUACAUCAUUUUCUGUCUCUUCAUGUGUGGGGUCUCUUCCAUCUAGUGGAACCUGUUGGGAUUCCAUGUUUUAUGCAAGUGCACAAUACAUUGUUUAAUGUUUAUAUACUUCAGUUUCAAAAUUGGCAUCAACAUUGCCUGUACUUUGAGAUAUAUAU